AUGAGCAAUCUCCGGAACAUCCUCAAUGAGGGUCCAUCCAUCCCGCCAUCCAAUGGCAGCUGCGACAACUCCAUCAGCCCCUCCUCUAUCAAUUGUCAUUCGGGGGCUGCUGUGCAGAGCCCAAACUCUCGCGGUCUUGAGAGAAUGUCUCUCGACUUCAUUGCACCCGGCAGCCGCUCAGCCUCUGGAAGAGCCAGCCAGAGCCCGUACCACUCUGCCAGCUAUACCUACUACGGCCAUAGUGCAGAUUUAAACCACCCGUCGCCUUCUGUUCAUGGCGGCCACGCCCAGGCCCAGGAUUCUGGCGCAUGCGUCACCGCCUCUACCCAACACUCGCCGUGGACCUCGAUCAAUUUAACGUCCACCUACGCGCGGUCAAGCACCACUGGAAAUACCAACUACAUCGAGAGCAAGCCCAUGGACGCUUUGGACCAUGAUUCGCCUCCAACUAACCACCAGAGCUCUCCAUGUGGCUCGCCCAGGAAUGCCUGUGCCAACGCUUGUCGCGAGCCUCGCCAUGCAUACGGUGAGGAAGAGCGCGCCUUCAUCAUGGUUGCGCCAUCCUGCGCGAAGCGACGUCACCAAGAAAACGGCAUGCAGCCGACAUAUCCCAAGCAGGAGCGAACAGCCAGUGGACUCACUUGCGCCUACUAUCGCAUCCGAGACAAAUGGGGAAUCCCCAAGGUCCGCGGUAUUUCUGACGAGCAGAAGCCCGAGGUCAAGGCCGUUGUCAAGAAGACUCUCCUCAACAUGCACGACUUCCCAGACCUUCAGAACUAUGUCUAG